UGCAACCUUGAUUCUCAUCGGAUCGCCCGCAAGUCCUAUUUCCCCCCCCCUCGCUCCUCUCUUUCCAAAGCGCUGUUGACGCCAUUUUCCCCGGGGUUUUCUGUCAGAGAAAAAUCCAUCCACAUUUACUCCCCGGCACCGUUUGACAGCUCCCCGGGAGGCUGUCAUCCCAUCCGUCGCUUGUGUAAAAAACGUGUCUCGGCUAAAUGGAUUGUAAAUGAUCUUGAUGAAAUAUUCACACGUUAGAGCCGACUGUGUGGCAACAUUAGACAUGGAUUGUCCCUGGCUUCGAUGCGUUCCUGUGGGACUACGGACGCAAUCCCAGUAGCUGACUGACAGCACCAAGCAGCCCACCAGACCCCUGCGCUGAAUCUUCCCAUUGGCCGAUUGCCAGAGCUUCGCCCCCCCUCCCCCCCAUCCUGACUGGCUCUGGCGGGAGUGUGGAUGGAGCCGAGGGAUCUGGUUGGCUCAGCCCGACCCAAAGAGGCGGACCUUCGGGGAGGCAGGGCAGGGCCCGGCGAGGAGCAUCAACUGGCGGCGGGAGGCGCCGGGCCGGUGCACGGCGAUGACGUGAUUAACGGCGCUGCCAGUGAGGGGGAGGGGCUAGAGGAGCAAGGGGAGGGGCUUAUGGAGGAGCAGGAGUUCUCCAUCAAGGAAGCGAGUUUCCAGGAGGGAAGUCUCAAGUUGAAGAUCCAGACCACCAAGCGCACCAAGAAGCCGCCCAAGAGCCUCGAGAACUAUAUUUGCCCGCCAGAGAUCAGGAUGACCAUCCGACCUCCAGCUGGAGAGGGCAAAGGGGGGCGACAAGGGCGGACAGGAGGCGGGGCAGGAGCAGGGCGGGGCCCCAAGGACGAAGAGCGAGGUCCCCCGAGAAAAAGGACUUACGAGCGCCAGUUCAGAAUGCCUGAGCAGAGAGAGGGGGGUCUUCUGCAGCUACUGGGUGAUCCCGCUCCACCCAAACACCAGCCGCGCGGCGCCCUUCUCUCCAACGCCCAGCAAACGCAGCAUGGCCUCACUCAGAAGUUCCAGCACAGUCACACGCAGCCGCACCAAAUCAGUCCCGAUUGGAUCACGUCUGCGGCAGCUUUUUCCUCGCUGGGGCAACCGGCCGGCGUCGAGUCAUCCGGAGACUUGGUAGGAGGGAGCAGAGGGUCAUCGCUCGACGCGACGCAGCCUUACUGCCGGGCGGCGACCUCAAGCCCGUCUCCCCAGAGAUCCAUGACUCCGGACCUGCAGCUACCGGUGGUCACAGAUGCCAGCAUUCUCAACCUCACCUCACUGAGCAGGGGAAAGGGUUUGCAGGAGGUCAGCGAACAGCUCUUUGGAAACAUCAAGAGGAAGUAUGGAAGGAAAGACUCUCAGAGGAUGUUCGCGAACCCCCAGAGCGCUGAUGCACCUUGGGGAAGGCAGUCGGAGAGAGAGUCGGAGAGCCCCGCUAACUCUGAAGAGAGGCAGAGAUACAGGCAAGAAGGGAUGGCUGAGCAGUUCCAGGAAGCAAGGGAGGAACGAAGGAAAGAUGAGCGAGACCAAGCAAACAUCGGGAGGAGAGGCGAUGAAGAAGAGAGAGGAAUGCCUGUGCAGGCGGAGGACGGGAAAGGAAGAAAAAGGCGGCGGAGGCCUUCAUUUGAUGAGUCGUUUUCCAUGGAGGAGCGGUCCCAGCAGCAGACUCUGGAUACUCCAGAGAAGCCCCUGGUUGGACCCCCAGAACCUAAAAUAGCACACAAGAUAGAGGUCCACAAAAACGAUUCUCGACUUUCAAGUCAGAGGGACAGCAGUGCAGACAGGGUAGAAAAGGCAGAAAAAGCUGAUAGGAGGGAUAAAGCAGAGAGGGGAGAAAGAGGUGAGGCAGGUACAUGCGGACCUGACCAGGAAACCGAUCUGAGCUCCAACAGGGUGAAGAAAAACCCGGUGGGCCGACCCAAGAGCCUCACAGAUUCCCUGAAACUCAGAGAGGCAACAUACAAUCAGAUCAACAAACCCAGUCUUGGCAUGAACCCCAGACUCCCCAGCCCCAGCUCUAGAGUUAGCUUGAGUCCGACAUCCAGCCCUAAAUCCAGGAUUAACAUUAGUCCAAGUCCAAGUCCCAGACCAAGGAUGGACCUGAGUCCCAGUCCCAGUACUGGGAGCAGCCCUGCAGCCAAUUCCAGGCCAACUAAGGUCAACGAAAGGUGGUCCUACCUGAAAGCUAAGAAUCAUACCAGUCUCACCUCCCCUCAGAGAGACAGCAUGGGCAGCCCCUCCGCUCUGUCAGAUCCGCCCUCUGCCUUCCCAAUCACCCCCUCCAGUCCGCUCUACACCAACACCGACAGCCUAACCGUCCACGCCCCCAUCAAGAGGAAGCGUGGACGUCCCAAGAAGCAGCCGCUCCUGACCGUCGAGACGAUUCACGAGGGCACGUCCACCUCACCUCCGAGCCCGCUGGCGAAGGAGUCAAACCUGGGGAUAAGCCGCAGGAGAAAGAUGCACACGCUGAACCCGCUGGUGCACGCGGCGUCCUCGUCUCCCAGCGACGGUUUCAACAGUCUGAAGGUAAAGCGAGGCAGAGGUCAUCCCAGGGCGGUGAUCAAGACCAAGCUUGGGAAAAUGCAGAGCAUCCUGAACGAGAUCCUCUCUGGAUCCAGUCAGAACGGCUCCCUGGCUCUGAAGUCGGCUUCUGCUCCGGUUACCUCAGCCAUGAGUGCCAUGGCGACGACCAUCGAGGCUCGAUUGGGAAAGCAGAUCAAUGUCAGCAAGAGAGGAACCAUCUACAUCGGUAAGAAGCGAGGGCGUAAGCCCAGAGCGGAGACCCAAGGCUCUGUCACCCUCAAAGCUAGCAGGGACAAGCCCCAGAUGUCUCUGUCCAUGUCCAGUUUUUACGACAGCCCUGCAGUGCCUUCCACCAACUCGUCUCCCAGCUCAUGCGCUCCGUCGCUGAGAGCCAGCAACACAGACGCCACCAUGCCGAGUUUGCAGCCCAUCUCAGCCCUGCCCGCCAAACCGUCAGGAAGAGGAUUUCUCUCUGGCGGCUGGAAACUUUCUCCUCCUCGCCUCCUGGCUAACUCACCCUCCCACCUGUCGGAGGGGGCAUCGGUGAAGGAGGUGACCCUGUCCCCCAUCAGCGAGUCCCACAGCGAGGAGACGAUCCCCAGCGACAGCGGGAUUGGGACAGACAACAACAGCACCUCGGAUCAAACUGAAAAGGGUCCCGCCUCUCGUCGCAGGUACUCGUUUGAUCUCUGCGGGUUCGAAUCCCCGGAGGCCGCCGCUCUGGACACGUCCACCAGGGGGAGCAGACCGCGCUGUGAACGAAAAGUUACUGCCGUGGACAGCUAUCUGUCACAGCAGGAGAAGAAGCAGAAACAUCACCGGAGGAAGAGGAAAUGCCUGCAGACUCGGGACCAUCUUCACUUUCUCUCUGAACUGGAAGAGGUUGUGUUAAAGUUCCAGCAGCUGCGGGUUUCUCACAGGCUGUACACCUGCUACCCUCAGCAUCCGUACCCGUCUAUCUUCCGGCUCAACUUUCACCAUUACUACCCGCUCAGCUACGACUCCUACGCCUGCGACUCCGGCUCGUACCUGCGCAGGAGUGCAGACCUGAAGGCCAAACGGAGGCGUGGCCGUCCGGCCAAAGCCAGCGAACCGAUCACAUCCAAGCUGCCGUUUGUCCCCGGAUAUGGCUACGCGCUAGGAGGGGGGAAUUACUAUGCAGCGCCAUAUGCGAUGCCUUACGCACCUCCUCUGAAUCUAGGCUACUUCCCCCCGACGCCACCGUUUUACCUGCCCCACCACUCGCUUGGGCCUGCACCCCCGUCCCCUUUCAUGAGGCCCGCCGUCCCACCGCCAAAGGCCUUCCUCUCGAGCGGGCACCCCAAACUGCAGGUGGGGGCGAAGAUCCGCAGUGCCAGUGGCCCCCUGCAGGGCCCCACUGUGAGAUCGGAGGCUCUGGGCUCCCUGAGCGGCGGCAGUGCAGGCGGUCUGGCCGGGGUCCGCCUUCAUAAGAGAAAGCACAAACACAAGCACAAGCACAAGGACGAGCCUCUCCUUUCCCCGCGGGACCGCCAGGAGCUGGGCGGACUUUUCAGCGGCGCCAAGAUCAACGUGCGGCUCGGCAUGCUGAGCGAGAGGAGGGACUUGGCCGGUCAGGGUUCCUCAAAGCAUCUGGAGAAGCAGAGGGGCAACGCGAGGGGCCCCAACCUGGGGUCCGGCCUGGGGAUUUUCGAGUCGGACCAGCUGUCCGGCCACGCGCUCGCCGACGGCCAGUUCCACUCCCGUCAGACUGCACAGCCUGCGAAGGGCUUCAUGAGCGGCUACGGCAGCCAAUCGCAGCGGUCGGAGGCGGCCUCUGACCUUUUCUCGGGGUUACGGGAGGAUGAGUGUGCCGGGAGGAGCAGAAGGACUAGGCUCGCUGUCUUCGGAGAUCAGGGCUUAAUGUCUUUCCAAACGGCCAGGCAGGAGCCGGAGCAGAUGAACGAGCGUUCUAGUCCAGCUCUCACUGGUGUCCCCGGUAAGAGGAGGUAUAAACGCCGUGAGGUGGAACAGAUCCAGAAGGACGUCAGGAGGAUGCAUUCUUUGAACUUUGAUCACGUGCAGAAGAUCCUACGUGCGAAGCGUCUGCAGCGACAAGCCAAAACAGGAAAUAAUGUCAUCAAGCGGCGGCCCGGGCGGCCCCGAAAGCAGCCCCUGGAGGAGUCGCAGCCGGCCAGCAUGAGGGAGGAAGUCUGGGCCGACGCUCGAGGUCUGGACGUUCCGGCCAGCAGGAAAGGCGACGGCAGGACUUUGGGGAUGCCCGUCCUGGAGAGGUGCGACAACCUGCCGGGUCGGCACAGCCUCAGGCCGAGCCUGGCCCUGGAGUCUCACGAGCUCCCCGCUCACGACUCCAUCGCAGCGACUAUCGAGACGGUGGUGCACCAGGCGCGAUGCGUCCCUCCUCCCGGGAAUAAGGAGGGCAAACGCAGAGGCAGGGGCCACAGCAGGGACCAACUGUGGGCGCCUGGCAGUCAGUAGACGCCCUGAACUGACGGUAGAGCAGCUACCAGAAUCAGAGCUGCUUCAGGCCUAACAGAUGCAGUGCCCUUAAAGCGGGAACCCUUUGAUGCACUUUGACUUGUGUCUCCUCCUCCGGUCGGUGGAGAGGAGCCCAGGCGGCGGAGCGGUAACGGAGGAGCGACAGCCUCCCUCCGUCUGCAGAAACCCCGACCAGACAACGGGCUUCUCAAACACCCUCCGGACCUGUUUUCACAUCGGCACUCUACGGUACUCUGCGAUACUGAAUCUGAUGCUAUAAAAGUGUGUGGUACUUAUGAUAGAGUAGGAUUUCAUGUGAUUCUUUAUGUAUCUGAUACAGUGACGUGUAUGGUACUUUACGAUACAGUAUCUGAAUGUGGCUUUAGCCAUAUAUUUACCAGCAAAGGGGAAGUGGGUGGGGGUGGUUCAUAUAAAACUGUGCAGCUCUGCUUAUUUUUUUGCCUUUUUGUGGAAGCUUGUGAGACAUGCAGGAUAACACAUCAGUAAUUAACCCUCCCUAACCUGUCUGGGAUAUUUUCUUUUCUUUUCCCCCCUUACCAUUUUCUAAGGUUUCUCGCCCACUUUUCGAAGAAAUUCACACUUCCUUGGCAGCUCAUCUUCCCCGUUUAACCCCCAAUUCUCCUCAGUUUUGCUCCUACUGAUGUUUUCAAUCUGCAGUCCUUGAGCUUCCUUGUUUUCAGUCUGUCUGUCGUGUAUUUCUCCCGUCUCGCUCAGGCCUCUCCUGGGCAGGGAAUCAAAAGGCAAUACGGUGGCUAAAACUUGUCCCCCGACUGUACAUAGAACUAAAAAAGUCCACUGUUGCCUGCCUUGUACAAUGGGAAAAAAAACAACCAGCUCAUAGAUGUGUACUGGCUUCCAGUAUAAUAAAUAGAAUUGUAGAUAAUGAAAGUGUGUAUUGUUUUAUAACCAAAAACAGACAUGGGUGUGACUCAAGACAAGUAUGUUUUCAGACAGAAGAAUACCACGUAUAUUCAUUCAUACGCUCAUUAUUGUGUUUGUAUCCAGGGGUGGGGGCGGGGAGGGAGUGUUUUGGGUGAAAGAGGAAUGUCGGAUGUGUUUUUUGCUGAACUUUUAGAGUUUGUUAAAUGCACUAUGAAGAACCGUUCACUUGCAUCAAUCAAAAUGCAGCACUUACAUGCUUGUUCUAGCCUUAUGUGUUCUUUGCAUCCGCUGGGUUGGGCGUCCGGUCCAGAGAGCAUGCGUUAUUUUUUUAAUCAAUUUAUAUAUGCAGGCCGCGCAGCCAAAAAGCAUUUAAAAAAAAAACAAAACAAAACAAACAAAAACAAAACAAAUGAAGCGUAAGUCACAAUUGGACAGUUCAAUUAACAGCCCCAUCCUCCCCUUUUAUGUUUCUACUUCAGCUGAUUUCAGUGAAGCAAAUCCAGUGUUUCGACUUUGAAACCAAAGUCUCAGAACUCCGUAAGGAUGUAGUAUUUGAAAGUAUUAAAGUUUGGCAAACUCUCCACCACAUUGGCAGCAAUGUAAAGCAUUCCUAUGUGCACUGUAGAAUGUAGCCAUGUUGGACCUCGGUGUCAAUGAGCCUUUUGUUUCACUCCUUUUUCUUCUUUUUUUAUUUUAUCAGUAUAUGGGACUGUGGAUCACAGUUGGAUUUUUCCCAGACAUAAACAAUAGUUCAGUGUUUCUUUGGGAACGUUUUCAGACCGGUGGAUUUGUUUUUUUUGUUUGUUUUUUUUUGGGUCAGGUGAUAUUCUCAGUUGCAGCAGCUCAACUUGUGCCUUAUGUUUCCUUUCUAUCACGGAUUGCAUUUGACUGAAGGAACAGAAAGUGGCAAGGAGUGCCCUCCCGAGAGUGACCCAAGCAUGUUCACGAUUGUGCAUAUCGACCCUCGUGUCUUAUGUCAUCAGAUCCCUGACGCUGCCUGUGUCCCCUCACGUCUCUCCGUCUCUGGGCGUUCUUCUCGUUUUCUGAUCGUUUCAUCCUGACAGAGCUGGAAAGGGUGGGACUCGCUGUGUUUAAUGCGCAUCAUGUUCUGACCUAGAAACCGCCGUACAGCGGUGGCAGAAGAAGAAAAAAAACCCCCACUGAGUCAGAUCUGCUUCUGACCGGAGGUAUCGAUUCUUCUCGCUGUCUUUGAUGUGGAAUUGAACAUCACUCGCUCCUAACGAGUGAGAUAUCUGACAAAUAGAGGAACAGAAGCAGCUGUCAGGAGAAAAUAAUAAAAUAAAAAAAACACACAUAUUUGCGUAUAUUGUUUGCUAUGCAUCUGGCCAUUUACACUGGCAGUGACCUUAAACAAAAUCCAUGCUCCGGGUCCACUUUGCGACAAAGAGAAACAAGUGGUCUUAUUUGUUGAAUAAAGUGAGUUCAUGUAAGGAGAAUUGUGAAUAAUACCACUAAUAAUUUGUAAUAAUGACAAAGUUGUGCAGAAAGUGACUAUCAUUUCAAGAAAAUUAUACUUACUGCCUCUCUAUGCAGUACAGCCUUAAACAGACGUAAAACUACAGUAUUGACGUGUUGGUUGUAAAUAGUGUUUUUGUGUCCAUCGUGCAUGGAUACCAAACCAGAGACCGCCCCCAUCAACCCGCCAGAGCGCCGCCUGUCUCCACCAACACACAAAUAAAGUACCUUGGUAUCGGGCAUGGGUCGGUUUCCGAGCUUCUAAGAAACUACAGCUUCAAAAAAAAAAAAAAAACAGCUGAAGGUUUUCCUUCGUCCAGAUGGUUCAAUUGACAGAAGACGGUUUUGUCACUUUUGCUCAUGAGAAAAGUUAAAACAGCACUUUCUUUCCAGGUGUGAAAAGCAAACAGCCAUGCAGUGGACAGGAGCACGACCCAGCUCUCUUGUUAACAUGAUAAUGUUUUUAAACCACAGUGGGCAAGCUACAAUAAGCCCUUUAAACCACUUGUUUUUGGUCUCAGCUAUGUGUCAAAUUGAAAAUCAUAACUAUUUGCUAUAAAAUCCAAUAUUAAUGUUAUUUCAAAUGUAGUAAUAUAUUAUUUUAACUACUUCACUGUUCUGUUUUAAAGCAAUUAGGCCAUGCUGUGGUGUCAUAACUUAAAGUUUUUAGUUAUUAACCUGAUAUUUUUAACUGAAGGUUAUCGUGUCGUCAGAAUCUCGUACCGACCCAUGCCUAUUUGGUACGGUCAUUAUUCCAGCUCAUUAAUUUACAAAGAAUGCUAUAAUAAUCUUCCUUACUUCCUCGUGAAAGCUCUCAGAGGCCCGACUGCAGUACACUGGACCAAAAAUAGGGAUCUCUGCUGACUUUUGGCUCCUUCCGCCUGCAGCUUGAAGGUGCGUUGCUGUAGCGUGAAGAAGGCUUUUGUGUGUUGGGGGAGCUCUCAAAGGGAAAACACCAAAAAUACUCUCAACCUAAUGUUAGCGUGCUUCGCCUUGCCUUGGUAGAGGACUUUGUGUGGGUCUGUGGUGGAGGUUGGCUGUGUACCGACGGCUCCUUGCUGCGGUGGGGCGGUGGUCUCUGACGGUGGCGUUAAAGGCCCCGGGUAAUGUCUGCGCUGUCCUGUCUGUUUCGUCUCUUCCUCCACCAGCCGAUGCUCCGGUGCCUUUUAACACUGACAAGUAUUGUCCUAGUCCAGAGCUUUCAGUCGACUCGGAGACUUCAGAGGGGAUGUAGUUGUGAGUGGGGAUUCAUGCUCUCCUGUUAGCAGCCCAUCUGGCUCAGCUGGUCAAACUUUUCACGUUUUGCCGCUUCAUAACCACAAACUUCAGUGGAUGUUGUUGUAGGCUGAUAUUGGUGAGAUGAAAGGAAAACGAUACAUGGUUUUCUUUUU